AUGCCGAAACGACGGCGGUCACCAACAAGUCCUCUGGAGAUUGCGAACCGGAAAACUGAUGAACAGUUUAUUAUCGACUAUCUUGAACCAAGGCGACCCGAGAUAAGACCAUGGAUAAACAGCUGGACCCAUCCCGAGACGGGUGCCGAAUACACAUUGAGUCUCGUGCGGUCUGAAGCCCUCAAUGAUGAUGAAAUUACGCGGUGCCUUCAUCUAAUUGAGCAGACGAGCCAAAAGGACUAUGAGAACUCAAGUUCUGGGUGGCAUCCCGCAAGGAAGCUCAAGGAGAUGAGGUCGCCUGGACUGCGAUAUAUCCUUGUCAAAACAAAGGAUACAGCAUCACUCCGUGGGUUUACUUCGCUAAUGCCGACCUACGAGGAAGGGCAGCCAGUCAUUUACUGUUAUGAAGUCCAUCUUCAAACAGACCUUCAGGGGACCGGCCUGGGUGCCUUGCUCAUGGGCUUCCAUUCAACAGCCGCAUCCAACCUGCCGCCCAUCACAAAGGUCAUGUUGACAUGCUUCUUGGCCAAUCAACGUGGUCUCGCCUUUUACAAAAAACUUGGUUUUGAGACCGACGAAAUUUCUCCGGUACCACGAAAGCUUCGUUACGGCAAGAUAUUUACACCAGACUAUGUGAUCCUCAGCAAGACAGUUCGUUCCGUUCUUGACAGUCAACCAAAGCUUGCGAAAGAACAAGACCCCGGACCCAAUCCCACCCCUCUCGCCAGUCCUGCGUCAUUGACACCAAAAGCCGGUUGA